GAGGACACGUCCCGAGCUUGCGCCUGCAGACUCCUUAAAAAGAGAAUCCAAUCUGCACAUACCUGCAAUCUUGCCAACAUACAUACCUUUAAUAGCCGACAACUGCUCCCGACGAGAAGUCUACCCUCGAACGAUCACCACAUUCCCAUAGCUCAACAUGGCAUCGAAUCUCUACACCGAGCCGCCUCAGCGCGACUCCUGGUUUGCGCCCUUUUCCGUCGACCUGUUCGCCAAAGUCUUCAAUGUCUCGAUAUUCCACCCAUUUGUGUGCUGGCUUGUCCCGCUAUGCCUGCGUGCCCGCGUCUUCCUGUGGGAGUCGCCCACCAUGAUUGGGUCCAUUAUCUGGGCUACGUUUGUCACAGCCCUCUGGAUUGCCCUCCAGAUUAACGAUCGAAUUGCGCAUGGUGCUCCACGAGAGGUUGACCUCAGUGAAGAGGUUAUUGUUGUUACUGGUGGCGCUAGCGGGCUGGGCAUGCUGGUGGCAGAGGUCUACGGCAUGCGCGGCGCAACUGUGGCUGUACUGGAUGUCAAUGAGAUGGAUAAUGGCGAGGCACGAGGCAUUACGUACUACAAGUGCGAUGUUAGCGACAGCAAGCAGGUCUUUGAAGUUGCAAAGCAGAUUGAAAAGGAUCUCGGCACCCCGACGGUUCUGAUCAACAACGCCGCUAUUGUUAUUGGGAAGAGCAUGCUCAAUCUGACUAUUGAAGAUAUCGACCGCAGCCUGGGUACCAACAUGCUCGGUCCCUUUUACUGUAUCAAGGCCUUUCUUCCUGCUCUGAUUCGAAGCGGCCGUGGCGGCACCAUUGUCAACGUCUCAUCGGUUAUCGGACAUCUUGGAGCUGCGCAAUUGACUGAUUACGCUGCUGCCAAGGCUGGUGUAUCGGCUAUGCACCGCUCAUUGACAGCCGAACUGCGCCAAUCGCACCCAGACAUUAAGACAGUUCUGAUUACACCCGGCCAGCUCAGCACGCCGCUGUUCUACGGGGUCCAAACGCCCAGCAGCUUCUUUGCGCCCGUCGUCGAGCCCGUCGAGGUCGCCAAAGAGAUUGUAACGGCCAUUGACAGUGGUCUAGGCGCCGAAAAGGCCAUGCCGCUGUAUGCGCGAUGGGUUGAGUGGUACGAUGUGUUGCCGUCUGGCCUCCAGGUCAUUGCGCGCAUCAUCUCGGGCGUUGACCACGGCAUGAAGACGUUUAUUGGUCGAAGGGGAGACAAGGCCAGCGAUAAAAAGGCAAACUAAUAUAUUCAUGGGGAGAUUGGAGGGAAUGGAGCGCUGGCGCUCAGGAUAUACUGCGACGUACGAUUUGUUGGCAGGUUUCUGGUGUUGUGUAUGUAAUUCUUCCUAAAUGCGCGCGCAAUUGGCCUUGCACGCCAUGAUGUCAUAUAAUUCAAAACAAAAACGAGCAUUUGCAUAUUGAACCAAUUAGGACAAGUCUACUGCGCUAUGUUAAGGUAGCUGAAAAUAGACGGCGCUAUUUCCGUUCUAGUGAUGGCUAGCCAGAUUCCGGCGUCUAUUGCCCGUGCAGUGGGAGCCGCCCGAACGUGGUGGCGUGCAUCAGGCUACAGUUUUGGUGUGUGUUGUGAAUACGAGGUGUGCUUUUUGUUUACC